CCCUUUAGGCCAGCAUGCUCAAGCACUAGCUCCGACUCCGUUCUUUGCCGGAUCCGCACCACAGGCCACGACCACCAGCAAACACCACCCGCGGCCCCGCUCAAGCACUUGGUUUCUCUUCAUCUUUCCUUCUGACGAUCCUUCACCUCUCGAACCUUCGCUUCGGAGGCACUUGGUUCAAUUGGUGGCCCUCCUCCGACCAAACUUCCCUUUCAUCCAACGGCCUUUCACUCCUCAAGCGACUCGUCAAGCCGGCUGUCAUCCAGAGCCUGCUUUGCCAUAUCGGGCCCUGCUCCUGGACAACGUCACAACUGUCAAUCCCACUCAGCGGGACUUUCCAGACCAUCUUCACACACUCACUGCCCUUCUCCUCUUCUUAAACUUCCCCGUUGUCACUUACCCGCUAAGACUCCUAUCCUCUCGUGAGUCUCGGAUCAUCUCGACGACCACGGCGGACCCACGUCGAGUCAGUCCCAGGAAACAAAUAUUAGACCAUAUCGCAAUCUCCCCUCUUUCCGCCAUAGCGGACUUCACAAAAAGUUGCCUCUGCCGACCCAAAGCAUUUUCACGACCAUACCAACGUCGAUACAUCUUUAUAUCUUCGUCAGUCACUGGGUUGUCGGCUGAGACUCGCGCCUUCUAGCCUGCUGUAGUCUAAUACCCUGUCGCCGCAGCAUUGCAUUGUUGCGUCGACUACAUAUGAUAUGGCCUUAGUGUUACCACCAAGUCAUCAUCCGAGUCGAAACUUACAUAGCCCUCUCCCGUCUCCUGCGUCCCUCCUUGCCCACACAGCGAUGGGAGAAGCGAGGAAAGACGGGCCCGUCCUCCCUUCCAUCGCCAGCCUCAUUGAGGCCGUAUCGGCGGGGAACGAGAAGGGAAAAGACAAAUUGCCCUCGCCGAUAUUUGACCAUCCUCCUCGCAGAGUUUCCAGUAGUUCUCAAGGCUAUAACACAAGCCCCGAGAGACAAGCCAUUUCCGAAAGCCCUCGUCGUCCUCCCCUUCCCACGCCAGAGCUGCCUCCGGCGUCCAGUUUCGACUUUUCUCGCCCGUCGCCUAUGAGUUAUUCGCCAAAAGAUGCGCCAGGACGAAACCACCACUACUCCUCUGGCCCUGCAAGCACAAAUCCCGAGCUUUACACCCAAAGGCCGCCUCAUUAUCCUCCCAUGGCGGUCGAUACACAUCCUCCACCAUACCCUCCUAUAGCCGAAGGAAACCAGUGGACAUCUUCUACGAGGCCGCCGCCGCACGAUCCUAUGCAUCUUGAUGGACACGCUCGAGCCCCGGCACCGACAGCAUUCCGCGAUCCUGCGACUGAAGCAGCCUUAUACAAUAAUCAUCCACAGCAGAUGCCACUACCAACCAAUUUUCCACCACCUGUACCUGUACCAGGGCCCAGCUUGCCUCCACUCGAUGCUCAAAUGGGACCGGUCUGGCGACAUCACCAUUACUACCCACCUGGAAAUCCACCCCCAUUUCCGCCUCAGCCCCAAGAACGCUACAUAUGCCCUACGUGCAGCAAGCCGUUCUCGAGACCUAGCUCUCUGAAGAUCCAUACGCACUCCCAUACCGGGGAGAAACCGUACACAUGCACCUAUGCGGGUUGCGGCAAAAGCUUCAGCGUGCGGAGUAAUAUGAAACGACAUGAAAAAGGCCACCGAACACCAGAGCAUACGCCGUUCUAAGUGAACCGGAAUACUGGGCAGUGUCUGGGUCCGAGAGACCCCGAGAAAUGCAGAGAUGCUACUCUACACGGCUUGCGGUUCCGCAAACAGGAUCGUUUAAUCCGGCCAGGAAAAAAAUUACGGUUUAGGAGUGAGGUGUGGCUAAAACCCCUGUGUAGGAUGGUAGUAUGUGUGCCAGGCUCCUCUGGUCAAAGGCCAUGUUUAGGUGCACACAGUCGAAAGCACUUCUAAGUGAUGAAAAGACGGAGAAAUGGUGCGGCACAAGCAGCACCGUCAUGUUACGAGUCUCAUUCUGCAUUGAUUUUUCCGCCCGUCAUCUGCGUUCAAGCGGCAUAGCGACUGUCAAAGGGACAGGAACCACAGGGAAACGCGUGAGGAUGGGCAUGGGCGCGCCGGUUUACUGCAUCGUAUGACUAUGGCAGUGGCGUUUUGUGUUGCUAGCAUUCUUGGACAUACUACAAAAGGACAUUUACAACGGACGGACGUGCUUCUUCAUGAGCAGCGGUAUGGGAUUCACGAUGGAUACUGACGGCCUGGCUUCCCAGCAGCUAGACCAGCUACAUCUACAACCACCAGAAGAAAUGCUGCCGGUCCCUCCAGAUCAGGGAACCGAAAAUGUACAUUAUUUGACGCCGAGACACGGAAGACGCCCCAAAUAGAUUGUACCAUACGUUUACGAACCCGAAUUGGGUCGCUUGUCUUUCGUAUUGAGC